ACGCCAUCGCCCUAGGAUCAAUAAGCUUUAGCUUUUCCGGCCUGGUUUCACUUUCCCAUCGAAUUUCACUCACUUCCUCCUAUCUUUCGGGAAAGGCAGCCGCUGUGUCUGGAGCGUGGAGCGUCGUCCGAGGAAAAAUACGAGUGAUAGUAGCGUAAAACGCGGGAUACAGUGUGUGUGUGUAUGGUUAGACAUAGCGUUGGCUACAGCGCCGCGGAAGGUGUAGGAGAGUCGGGGAGGAGUGCCUCGUUUUUUGCCGGUUUCAGUCGUCUCGGAUUUCUUCGGAGGGGUGUUGGGUGGGUGCUGUGUUUGUGUAGCUCCUACAUCGUUGCCUCCCUAAGGACCUAAGGGAGGAACGGGAAACUCAGACGCGGAGUGUGUCGGCGGUCGUCAUCGACGCCGUCGUCGUCGAUGUGCAACAAGUGUGUGAAACGAUAUAGUUGUUGGAAAAACGAUUCCCAAUCGGUAUAGUGGGACGAGGCGUACAGCUGAAAGUGUGACUUUGUCCUGCCUGUUUGUUUGCUCGUGAGAAAGCAUAAACCGUCAACUGAGCUGCGGUGAUUAAGUGAUAACAAUUAAACGCGAUAGUGUCGUCAGUCGGCAGAUAGAUAAACGGAUUUACAUAGUAGAUAAAGUGAUAUUGAACAGCUUACUGUACUAGGGAGAGUGAGUUUUCCGGAAACUCGUGCUGAUAGUGGAUUCUGAUAAAACUCUGGAAAGGUACUGAUCAACGUAGCAAGAGGAUAACUGGAACAGUCAACCUUUGUACGAGCCUACAAGAAAUUACUGCUGCAUACCACAGGGAAUCGGCCAAAGUGCUUUUCAUCUUCGACGUUUUUGCCACCGCGCCAAGUCAACGAAAAAACCGCAAAAAUUGCUCUCACCGAAACAAUGCCCGGAACCUGUCACAGGCUCCGCAUCCCCUCGCUGGUGAGCAGCCGGUCCCCCCGGGGUUCGAACGACAGCGAACCGAUGACACCGAAAAAGGAACGCCACAGGGUUGCAAUGAUGGGGGCGGCCCGCGUUGGCAAAUCUUCCAUCAUUUCGCAGUUUCUGUACGAGAAGUACCUUUCGCGGUAUAAGCAAACCGUGGAGGACAUGCACCGGGGCGAGUACGAACUACCGGACGGAUCCUGCCUGACGCUGGAUAUCCUGGACACAUCCGGAUCGUAUCAAUUUCCGGCGAUGAGGGCCCUGUCCAUCAACACGAGUGGCGCGUUCAUUUUGGUUUACGCUGUCGACGACGAGGAGACGUGGCUCGAGGUGGAACGGUUGCGAGGACAGAUUGUGGAAGCACGUGGGCUGCACGUUCCCAUUGUGAUCGUCGGCAACAAAGCCGACGUCCCGGAAGAAGUCCGCCAGGUGCCGCUGAAAAUCGCUCAAGCCAAAGCGACCCUCGAGUGGGGCUGCGGCUAUGCCGAGUGCUCGGCCAAGAACAACGAAGGCAUCCUGACGGUUUUUAAGCAGCUGCUCCGCCAGGCCAACAUCGAGUACAACCUGAGUCCGGCGGUGCGUCGAAGGAGGAAAUCGCUACCGAGCUACACCAACCAGAAUCAGAACCGCUCCCUGUCGGCCCGGUACUACCUUAAGCGACACUCGUGUGCCAUUCAGUGAACUGUGACUGAGUAAGGGCGGGAACGGUGACGACGAUAACGACAACGGACGAUUGAUGACAGUUUUCCUGGAAAAUUGUUUUGAUUGUUACAUUUUUUUCUCUGAAGUGAAUUGCGUAGGAGGGCGAUUCUUAACAUUAAGGGGCGGGAGGGGUAAAAUGCGCCCGCAAAGAAUGGAUCGGAUUUAGCUUUGAAAUUUAUCGGAAAAAUGUUUUUAGUUGUGUCCUACAUGCUUUCCAAAUCUAAAAACGGCAAAUUAAAAAUAUUGAUUAUUUUUAAAUAUUGGUUAUACAAAAAUCACUAAACAAAUGUUGUUUUUAACAUUGUGAGCUGAAAUUUGUCAGUUUGAAGUUGUGUCACAGAAUUUCUAAAGAAGAUAAAGUUGAAAAAUUCAUCAAGAGGCUCAAUAUUAAAUAGGGGUCCUUAUGCUAUUUUCGGCAGAUUUGUUAACUUCAUCAUGGGAUGUUUUCUAAAACCUAUUGAACUAAAAAAUGGCUUCAAAACUAUCCCCACCAAGCUUUAAUAUGCGGCCAUGACUCAUGAUAUUUGGCGGACAAACACCCCACAUCACGAACAUAGCAAAACUGUCGAAAUACCCUACAUAAAGAAAUAAAAUGAAAAAAGAUCUACCCUGGGCGCUUCUAUUGGUCGUGACCUUCCUAUGACGGUGAACAAGUUGGCUCUUUCAUCGUCACAGGAUAAAACGAGCAUUCGCAAGCUUCAUCAUGUCAUUUUGUAAUGAUCAAGCGUCAUGACGGAAACUUCCAUAUUAUUUUGAAAUUAUAAUUUCCAAUUGGCUCUAGCAAUUCAGGCUAGUCAUUGUAAUUAAUAAAUGGAGUGAUGGACAUAUAUACAUGAUUUAAAGAAUUCAAACAAUAACAAAACCCAUCAAUGUGCUUCACUCAGCGAAGUAAACUACCGAAAUUCAUGAAAAUAUGAAAUUUAGCCAUAACUUUAAAACAUGGAUGCCAUAAGAAUACAGGUCGGACUCGAUUAUCCGGGGUCAGGUUCUGGCGUUUCUCAAAAUAAUACCUCGCAAACGGAAUGCCGUAAGAAGAAAUUUUGACUGAUUACUAAUCAAAGUUGGUUUAACAAAAUGUCAGAACUUCAGCUUUAUAGAGCACUCCGAUCUCCAGAUAUAUGUUUGAGAGGUAUCAAAACUCGACUCUGGAUAAUCGAGUCCAAUCUGUACCUUAUGAUAAUCGAUGACGAUUGUUAUUACCUAAUUACAUAAGAUAAACUUAUGAAAAGAGCAUAAAAAUCGUAAAAUGAUGCACACUGGAAUCGAUCCAUGAACGUCGAGAUCACUGAGCUCGUGCCCAACCCACAGGGCUAUCGACGCUUGAGAAUAUCGUGUUGCUGAAUGUGUAUAAAAGCCAAGCUGCGAGUCGAUUCUGCAUCACAAAGCGAUCCUAUUAAAUUUAUUCUAAUCGUAAUGAAUAGUUUAAAGGCCAUUUCAUAUGUGAGACCUUAUGAUAAUCUUAGGUUUAUUGGGCUGAGUGUAGUAAUUGCAUUGUUUACAACCAUGUCACGCUCCGUCAUGAUCGAAAAAUAAGCGAGUAUUCCCAAGUAACAAUUCCAUUGCUGAUUGGUUUCUUUCAUUUUUGUUAGGGUUUUAUUAGAGCAAUAAGUAAAACUCACAGUUUUAUGACUACUUUUAUGAAAACCAUUGAUAAAAUGUUUUGUAGUAUACUUGAAGAUAUCCAAAAAGCCAGAUUUUAAGAGUAAACAAAGCUCUCCGAUAUGUAAACCUUCUGGCAUUCAUUAUUACCACAAUAAAACUGUUCAAACUCUCAACAGAUGGCGAUCCGUUCGAUUAGUAACGGCAUCUGUUGGUGGAAAAGCAGAAACUACGACACUUUGUUUAUUGUGGUCAUCUUAAACUUGCUUUCGUUUUAUUUUCGCUAAUUAUGGUCGUCGCCAUAUUGAAGAAAUAGCUGACGUGAAUGAAAAAUAGUUAAUUUUGCUCAAAUAAGCAACGAAUUGAUAGUUUGUCACCAUUUCCAUAACAUGCUCACAUUAAUAAACUCUCUCAGCUGAGUUUUCUUGUGAUUCGAGAUAGUUUUACUAAAUUAACAAAUUGAUUUAUUUCAUUCCAAGAUGAUAAUAUUCACCAAUUUCUAAGCGCAUUAAUUGAAUGCGCAUAAGCCUACCAACACAAUAACUACUAAAACAUUACUUUGAAAUGAUCGCUUUCUACUUACGAAUGAUGUAUCCUCCUGAACUUUACGUGCCAUCGAAGAAGCUUCUCUGCAUCUUGAGCUGUCAUAGUUUUUGUUCAAAAAAAAAAACAACAACAACAAUCAUCAUAACCUCUUUUCGAGCAUGGAAAAUUUUUCAACCAGGUUUUAAAACAGUUUUAUUGCUACUCCUAAUACGGUUUGAAAAACCUCUCCGAGAGUGAUCCACUUAGCCGGAUGAUACUCUUAAAGAGGUUAGCAAGAGGUUUUGAUGUAUGAAUCAGUUUUAUUGCAAGUUUUAUAAAAUUGGUCAUGAAGAUCUCUUAUAGAACCGAACAAAACUUAAAAUGUUACUCGGGGCAAUCACUUUCAUUUAUUUGGCCUAAUAACACUAGUUUACAGCAUUUUUGAACUCGGUAAGCUGAUGAUCAUUUUUGGUGUAGAAUCAUGCCCUGAGUUUGAAAACGCGAGAGAAAAAAAUUACUGUAGAGCGGAAAUUUUUUCGACUUUCCAUACAAGGUUGAUGAUUUGAAAUCGAUUUUUGUUCUAUUUUUAAGCAAAGUCGCUCACUUCAAACAUCUCAUUCUCCGUAAUCAAUGCUCCGAUUGAGCUGAAUUUUUUACUGCAACUCGCCUAUAUGUCAAAUAAACGUCGAGAAAGAAUUUUUAAGUUGUUUUUUUCUUAUUGAAAAAAAUACAUUUCUUCAAAAAUUUUUGGGAAUUUUGCUAAAAUUUAAGAAGAUCGCCCCUAAAACUCGUCAAUAUCUUGAAUUUUCAUCAAUCUGACGCAAAACCUGUAUUCAGAUGAUCGAAUGGUAUUGUAUCCAGCUUUUAAUUCAUGGAAAAAGAUUUAAAAUUAGUUGAACAAAACGCAAUAUAUUUGAAUUUAAGUAAAUUACAUAUUUUGAAAAGUUGCAAAACUCGACAUUGAGCUAAAACUCAAAAACUGUUCUACUUAAAAUUUUUUGAAGGUCGGCUUCGAAAUCAGCACUAAAUUGUACUUCAAAAAUUUUGGUCGUUGACAGAAGUUCACGACUUUCGUUUUAUUUGGUAAACUUGUGUAACCAUUCAGUUUAAUGUUCGUGGCUAUGCUGGACUGCAGUGAUCCAGUUAACAUAUAAACUGAUCAUCUUGAUUGAGUCUAUCAGUAUGCAUUGACUGUGGCCCUACUAUAAAGAAUUGGUUCUCUAAUAUUUUCCAGAGAACCAUUUAUCGGAAUGUCCCAUUUCCUGGAAAUCUAUUUCAAAGAUAACUCAGAAGAUAUUCAUUUUAGUAUAUUUAAACAUGAUCAGAUAUUUUGUUUAUUAUUUUGAUUAAUUUUAUCAGUUGUUGAUCAGUUCCCUUAACGUCAAGCCCUAAAUUUGUUUUCAAAUUCAUUUUUUGUUCAAGAUUGCAGUACUUAUAAAUGGACUGGAAUUCAGAUUUUCAGUUCUGUUCACUUAGCAAAGUAGAGCCAGCAUCGUUGGACCAAAUGGACGUUUAUUUACUGGCGACUAAACUGUAGCUUUUAUUUUCGUCAAAGGCUGUUCGUCGAGGUCAUAGUAUCCUAACGUUCGUUUCGCGACCCCUCAAUUGCUUGCAGGCGCGCAUCGACUGUUCUACGGGGGGUCGCGAGUGCCAAGGUUGGGAAACGAUGGCCUAGGUGCACUAAUAUAGUUCACUGGCAGUUGAACGGCUUACUUUAUUUGCCCUUCUUCAAUUUAUAGGUUGUUCUUUCUAAUUACAUCGUUACCGAGUUGAUUGGCGACCAAUCUAUUAGACGAUGCCCACCAAUGCGUGAGUAAAGCCAAAUUGGCAACCUCCUUCAUAACGCACGAACCCCACCAAUCGUUGCCAAAUCGGUUUGAACAUGACAACCUACCUGCCUAGGUUGCCUAGUGAACAGUAGGUUAAUACAUUUGGCAACCAUACCCAACCGAGAUUCCCCCGGGAUUUCCUUCCGAGAUUCCCCCGGGAAUUCCUUCCGAGAUUCCCCCGGGAAUUACUUCCAAGUUUCCCCCGGGAAUUCCUUCCGAGAUUCCCCCGGGAUUUCCUUCCGAGAUUCCCCCGGGAUUUCCUCCCGAGAUUCCCCCGGGAAUUCCUUCCGAGUUUCCCCCGGGAAUUCCUUCCGAGAUUCGCCCGGGAAUUCCUUCCGAGAUUCCCCCGGGAAUUCCUUCCGAGAUUCCCCCGGGAAUUCCUCCCGAGAUUCCCCCGGGAAUUCCUUCCGAGAUUCCCCCGGGAAUUCCUUCCGAGAUUCCCCCGGGAAUUCCUUCCGAGA